AAUCACAAUUUGUCAUGCAAACCAUACUGUUUGUUUUAUUAAUAUUAAGUUCCUGCUUAUCAGGCUAUCUUUGCAAUGAAAGCGAUUCAACUGAAUCUGAUUCAAUGGAAGAUGUUAAGGAGUUCAAACUUUACGGAAAUCCGGUGAAUAUAUUGAAUGUUACUGAUAGAAAUGAAUUCAUUGUCGAUAUUGAAGGAAUCAAUAAAAUAUUGCUAAGACCUGAUCUAAUUGAAAGAAAAAUCGUAGCUGUGUCUAUAGUUGGGAUCUUUCGAAAAGGGAAAUCCUUUCUUUUAAAUUACUUUCUCAGAUAUCUUUACGGAAAUUUUAAAUCAGUCAAUCACCCUGACAAUCCACUAAACAACACUGAAGACUGGAUGGGAAACAAAAAUGAGCCACUUCUAGGAUUUCAAUGGAAAGCGAGCAUUGAAAAAGUAACAAACGGUAUCAUUAUGUGGUCAGAUGUCUUCAUUUAUGAUACGAAAGAAGGAGAGAAAUUUGCAAUUGUGCUUAUUGAUACUCAAGGACUUUUUGAUCAAAAAACAUCGCCGAGCGUCAACUCAAAAAUGUUUGCAAUCUCGACCUUAAUUUCAUCAGUUCAGAUUUAUAAUCUUCAUAAUGUCGUGCAAGAAGAUCAAUUGCAGUAUUUGCAGUUCACAAGUGACUUUGCAAAACUCAUUAACAACAUAGACAACGAAGAAGAUCAAGACGAUUUAUCUGUCGAGAAGCCAUUCCAAAAGAUCAUCCUUCUAAUGCGUGAUUGGGUAAAUAAAGCUAAAUAUCCAUAUGGAUCAACAGGAGGUGAAAAAUAUUUGAAUGAGGUGUUGAAAAUUCAAGAUGAUCAUGAAGCUGAUGCUAGAAAUGUCAGAAAAUUUAUUCGGUCUUCAUAUGAAGAGAUCAAAUGCUUCUUAAUGCCACAUCCGGGGAAUAAGAUAUUUGAAACUAAUAAUUUUAAUGGAGAAUGGUCAAAAUUAGAUGAAGACUUUGUAAAGCAAAUGAAGGAUUUAUCAUCAUGGAUCUUCAAUCCAUUAAAUUUGAGAAAAAAGAAAACUUAUGCUGAAUAUGUAACAGCUGAAGAUUAUGCAGAACAUUUGAAAUAUUAUAUUGAAGCUGUGUCAUCUAAUGAGUUAAUGAAUGUAUCAUCAAUAUUUGAAUCUGUGAUGGAAAGUGAAGUGAAUAUACUCUUACAGAAAAGUAUUAAAAUUUCAAGAAAUGUCUUACGUAGCAAUGAGAAUUUCGAGAAUGAAUCACUUCUUACACAACUUGAUAAAAUUGGAGAGCAGAGUCAAAAAUCUGCAAUCAAUAACUUUUUAAAUGCAAUUCAAGAUUUUUCUACAAACGAGAAUUUUAUAACGAAAUGGUCUGGAAGAUUGAAAAAUCAGUUAUCAAAAGAACUGAAUGACUGGAAGGUUGAAGUAACUCUUAACUACAAAAAGUUCUACAACGCUAAGAAGCUAUCUCAGGAAAAAGCUGGAAUACAGCUUGAAUCGUUAAAGAAAGAUUUUGAUUCUAAACUGAUGAUAUUAAUUCAGAAGAACACAAUGGAAAGAACAAGAAUGGAAGAACAAAUGAAAUCAACAAUGAAACAAGCAGACCUUGAGAAAAUUAAAAUUCAGCAAGAACGUGAAGCCGAGCGUGGAAAACUCAUCAGAGAAAAGCUUAAAGAUUUAGAAAAUGCAAAAAAAGAAUGUGAAAAAAUUGUAAAAAGUGCUAAAAACAGUUACCAAAGUGAAAUAGAUGAGAUUAAGGAACGAGAAGAAAAAUUGCAAGCCCAAAAAAAUAAAUUAGAGAAAGAAAGAAAAGAUCAAGAAAAAAUACUUAAAGAUAAACUGGAAAGAGAAAAUAGAGAACAUCAACUGGAGGUUAGCAGACUAAAAGUCGUCACUUCAUUAACCGAGAAAAGAUUGAGAGAAGAAAUGGAAAAAGCUCAAGCGAUGCUGGAAGCUGAAAUAAAGAGAAUGAUACUUAUGUCUAAACUUGAAUUAGAAGAAUUUAAGCUUAAACAAAAAUUAAAAGAUCUGCAACAUAAAUCUGAACUUGACAGAAUUCGAAAUGGAAGGAGAAGAUAAAAUUAGGUCGUUUCUUAAAUUUUGUCAUAAUUUUUAAUGAUUCAAUAAAUAAAAGCAUUCAUAUAAAUUUGAAAGAAAACGAAAAUAUAUGGAAGAAUAGCACCAAAACAAAACUGUUCAAAUUAUAUAAGAAAAUACAAAUACUUAACUAUCCACUUGUAUAGUUAUAAUUCCCCUUU